UCCGGCCUGAUCCGGUAUUUGAGCCGGUGGCCCAGGGUACACUGCAGCGGGCUCUUCGGAGUGGGAUGGCCUGUGAACUCAUGUCUCUGCAAAGCUCUCAGGAAGAUGAACGGCCAAUGUCCCCCUUCUUCAUGAGCGGUCACGUGGCCCAGGUCAGCUCCGUCCCUGCUGGAAGAGAACUUUUGGAGAGGACAAUCAGGACUGCCGUGGAGCAACACCUUUUUGAUGUUCUUGGUCCUGGAAGUCAAAGUUCAGAGGAAUCAGAAUCUGGAACAUCUUCACCUUCGACAAGCCUGUCUGCAAGACAGAGGAGAAGACAUCUGAAAGAGCAGGAUGAGAUUCGGAAAAAGCCCAGAGACAUGGAGAUGAUUAAAAAAAAAAACAUCCCUUCUGGGUGCGGUGGCUUCGAGGAUUGUGGACUGUUGCAGGAAGUGGAGAAACUUCAGGAUAAUUGCUCUGGUUACAUUGAAGAGAGGAGCAAACCAAAAAGACAGAAAUCAAGCAGCAAGCUCUCUGAACUCAAUGAUAAUCAGGACAGUACACCGAGCGCAGAAAGCUUUGUCACCUCUAAAGGUGUAGACAUACAGGAAUUUCCCGGAAUGGAAGUAUUGUCAGAGCCCAGCAAAGAGAAGGAACACGAUAAAGAAAGCCUGAGAUUACCUCCGGUGACGUCCUCCCCACACGUCAAAAAGCACCCAGAAAUGGUUUCAGACAAAGCACUGGAGAGAAGAUGAUCGGGAAGUGAGCGAGCGACGGUAUACAUUUUUUUGCUUACAAAAAUGGUAUGGAAUUACUUGUGUAAAUAUUCCAAAUACAUUAGAAAAAGCUGUUUGUUUUACACAGAACCAACUCCAGUUUCUGCCUCUUGGGAUCGUGAUGCUGCAGAUUCAGAUGAAGCACGUCUGUCUCCCCAGGCUGGCCACCUGAUCCGUCACCUUCUUGAAGCUGAUAGUGACCCUAUGUUAUCUCCUCGUUUUUAUGCAUAUGGGCAUAGCCAGCAAUACCUGGAUGACACAGAGGUGCCUCCAUCGCCUCCUAAUUCACAUUCUUUUAUGAGCCGUAGACGCAGCUCUUCACUGGGAUCACAUGAGGAGGACAGAGAUGAUGACCUCACACCUGCACAGAUGACACGAAAAAUUCAAAGUCUAAAGAAAAAAAUCCGGAAGUAUGAGGAAAGGUUUGAAGAAGAACGAAAAUACAGGCCUUCAUAUCGUGACAAAGCUACAAAUCCAGAAGUUCUGAAAUGGAUGAAUGAGCUCACGAAGUUCCGGAAGCAGCUUAAAGAGUCAAAAAUCAAGCUGUCUGAAGAAGAUGUAGUUCCGCAGAUGAGACAGCGGAGCAAUACACUCCCGAAAAGUUUUGGUUCCCAGCUUGAGAGGGAGGAAGAGAGAAAGCCAGAGGUAGAAAAGGCAACUAAGCCUUCCAUAGAAACUACAAUGGAAACUAUUCAGAAGAAGCUGCAGGAGAAGAGAGCUGAGGUCAGCCGUCCAGAGGAUAUUAAGGAUAUGACCAGAGACCAGAUUGCAACUGAGAAAGUGUCGCUUCAGAAAGCCUUGCUGUACUAUGAAAGUGUUCAUGGCAGACCAGUAACAAAGGGCGAGAGGCAGGUGAUGAAGCCAUUGUAUGACCGAUAUCGGCUGUUCAAGCAGGUUCUCUAUCGAGCAAAUACCAUACCAGUCAUUGGAUCCCCCUCAAGCAAGCGGAGAAGUCCUUUGUUGCAGCCAAUAAUCGAGGGUGAAACAGCAUCCUUCGUCAAGGAGGUAAAGGAGGAAGAAGAAGGAUCUGAAGAUGAUGGCAAUGUGAACAAUGAUUUUGCAGUAACUAUGAAGCCAGGUUUCAGUGUACGAAGCUUCUUGGAUCAACUUGAGGAUGAAGCAGAUGGUUUCGUGUCUCCAGUUGAUGACAAAACUCCAUCAAAGAGUAGUCAAGACCUCGGGCUGGGCAAUAUUCACUCUGCAUCUGUGCCAGAACUUAUAGAACAGCUCCAAGAAGCAAGGCAAGAGAAAAAGAGGAUCAGGAAGAAGCUCAGAGAUUUUGAAGACAACUUUUUUAGACAAAAUGGAAGAUAUGUUCAAAAGGAAGACCGCUCUCCAAUGGCAGAAGAGUACAGCGAGUAUAAAAACAUGAAGGCCAAACUCCGGCUGCUGGAGGUCCUAAUAAGCAAACGAGGCUAUUCACAGACAGUGUAACAAGUCUUUUUUUUCAGUCUGGAAUAAUUUUUUUUAUCUCAGGACUCGAAUCACUGAAAAGGAGCAGAUUGCCAAGUGGAGCUCACCUGUCGGAAUGUGUAUAACAUGGCCCAUACAGCAGACAAUGCUAGGAUGGAAAUAGGCCGGUUUCAAAUGUAACAAGGUGGCUUGAAGGAUGUCAUAAUCUUACUUGGCUGGAUGUAAUAAGAAGAGGCCCAGGACACUCCAUAUGAAAGGUACGACGAACGAUAAAAACAUUAUCCACUCACUGGACCUAAAAGUAAAGGUGGGACCUGUACUCCAGUUCUGCUUUCUGCUGCUUUUUUAUGAACCAAAACUUUGGUCAAUGACCUUCCAGCGGCGACCUUUCACUGGUUCCAAUAUACUGAUUACUCAUCCCAGUAAGGAUGGCUUUGGACACGAACCUGUGUUCUAAGGAAAGCUAUGAAGCUCAUAUCGAGGACAAGCUAAUACCUCAUUUUAACACUACUUGGUUCUUUGUCAGUGACACUUGCCAGCAUCUGUGGUAUCGGAUAUGGACCAGGCUUGCAAUAGAUCUUUAUAGAACCAGAUCUUCAUGGUG